CACCGGCUAAUUUUCUUUUUCUUUUUCCUUUUUUCCCUUUUCUUUUCUCUUUUUUUUUGGCGCUACCAGACUCUUGGCGAACUUUUUGCUGUGUGUUGUUUCAUUCGCUCGUCGCUGAUGUAUCUGCAAAACGCAGAGACAUCUCGGAGCGCAAAAGCAGCAGCAGCAGCAUCACCCACACGCCGACACCAGCAUGUCCCGACGCAAGCAAGCCAAGCCGCAGCACCUCAAGUCGGACGAGGAUCCGGCUCUGGCCGGGGUGAUUUCCGAGCAUGCUCGUGGUGAAGUGCUGGAUGAUGCCGACAGCGGGAACGAGAGCCGCAGUGGCAGUGAGGAGACCCAUGUAUGUGAGAAGUGUUGUGCUGAAUUCUUCAAGUGGUCAGACUUCUGUGAACAUUUAAAAAGCUGCACCAAGAACCCACUGGUGCUCAUAGUGAAUGAAAAUGAGGGCACACCUAACCCCUCCCAGGAGUAUCCUACAGAGCCCUCCCCUGUGCCCAGCUGUCCCAGUGAGCAGGCCGACAGCGAGGACCCUAGAGAGGGGAACCAUAGUCCCCCUGGUGAUGGGGAUGAUGUCCCAGAGAUGGCAGCCCUGGAUGGAGUCACUGCCUUGGAAAAGGAGGACGAGCCAAUGGAGCUCGAGCUUUCUCCUGAAAAACCCUUGGAUCCUGAGGAAAGAGAUGCACCAUCCCCUGAGCCCGAAGGCUCCCUACCUCAGCUCAGUGAUGUCGCCCCCUCCACUGUCACAAGCUACACCAUGCCAAGCACCAACGUUACCUUGGAGACACUGCAUGGCACCCGGGUUGCAGUGGCCCAGUUUUCACAGAGUGUGAGAGCAGCGGCGGGCAGUGGCGUUUCUACCAUGGCCAUUCCCAUGAUCCUGGACCAGCUGAUGGCCCUCCAGCAGCAGCAGAUCCACCAACUGCAGCUGAUAGAGCAAAUACGCAGUCAGGUGGCUCUUAUGAACAGGCAAUCGGCAUCACAGCCAGCCCUCAACCAUCAUACCCAUCACAAUGCUGCUGCUGGUGUCCACGGGGGUGCAUCGUCUUGUGUCGCCCCCGUACCAAGUCAGCUUCAGCUACACAACUUCAUCACACCCCCUGUCCAUCAGCUGCCUAUUAGGUUGCCGGCUACUCUUAACGGUCAAGGCCCUUCACCUCUGACCUCAGCAACAGACGGGCCUCUCUCUCAAACACAACAAAGUGUCAGUCAGCAGUCUAACUCUUCAAUCCCCAACACGUCCUCAGCUAAUUCAGUGUUCCCCCCACCUAGUGGCUCUGGACUGUCAUCUUUAUUGCCUCCCUGCUCAUCCUCAGUCACAAACAACAACAAUAGCAGUAGUACUAGUAUAACAGGAGGUGGUGGCAUCAGCAGCAGCUCAGCCCUUCCUAGGAACUCCACCACCUCCCCAUCACUAAGCCACAGCAGCCUCCUGAGCUCUGCCUCCAGUCUACCACUGAUACCUCACAGCUCGUCCAGCAGUGUCAUCUUCCCCAACCCACUAGCCAGCAUAGCUGCCACAGCCAAUGCUCUCGAUCCCCUCUCCGCUCUGAUGAAGCACCGCAAGGGGAAGCCCCCCAAUGUGUCUGUAUUUGACACUAAGCCCAGCUCUGAGGACCCCUUCUUCAAGCAUAAGUGUCGGUUCUGUGCCAAGGUGUUUGGCAGUGACAGCGCCCUGCAGAUCCACCUGCGUUCCCACACUGGAGAGCGGCCCUUCAAAUGCAACAUAUGUGGUAACCGUUUCUCUACCAAGGGCAAUUUGAAAGUCCACUUCCAGAGGCACAAAGAGAAAUAUCCACAUAUUCAGAUGAACCCCUACCCUGUGCCAGAGUACCUGGACAACGUGCCCACCAGCUCAGGCAUCCCAUAUGGCAUGUCUCUGCCCCCAGAGAAGCCCGUGACAACAUGGCUAGACAGCAAACCCGUCCUCCCCACUGUGCCCACCUCAGUUGGGCUCCAGCUCCCUCCCACAUUGCCAAGCAUGAUGGGAGGUUUUGGUGAGUCUCCAAGCCUCACCCCACUCAGCAGAUCCCCUCAGAGGCCAUCCCCACCUUCAAGUGAGUGUGCGUCUCUGUCCCCUAAUAUUGUCACUGAUUCUGGCAUGACCACUACUUCACCUUCCCCAAAACCCAACCUAGGGACCGAUGCACCUCCUCUCUUGAAACCCGAGGGUGUUCACCUGCCCCCAAACUGCUCCACUAGGCCAGGGGAGAACACCACCACCACAACUACAGUAACUCAAGUGGUCCUUUCCACCACUGUCACCUCCACCACAUCUACUAGUAGUGGCCAGAUCACUGAACCCAUCACUGCCCCCAACUCAGUUUCCCAUCCUGUCCUCCCCAUGCUGUCAGACCAGUUUAAGGCCAAGUUUCCCUUUGGUGGCCUCCUAGACUCUAUGCAAACAUCAGAGACCUCAAAAUUGCAACAACUUGUAGAAAACAUUGACAAGAAGAUGACUGACCCCAACCAGUGCGUCAUCUGUCAUCGUGUCCUGAGCUGCCAGAGUGCUCUCAAGAUGCACUACCGCAUCCACACUGGUGAGAGGCCUUUCAAAUGCAAGAUAUGUGGACGGGCGUUCACCACCAAGGGAAACCUGAAAACGCACUUUGGCGUCCACAGGUCUAAACCCCCGCUCCGGGUCCAGCACUCCUGCCCUAUCUGCCAGAAGAAGUUCACCAACGCUGUUGUGCUUCAGCAGCACAUCCGUAUGCACAUGGGAGGGCAGAUCCCCAACACCCCACUGCCGGAAAGCCUCCAGGAGAUGGACACUGACCUCUCCUUUGAUGAGAAGAGCUUAGAUGCCAUGAGCAACUAUGACGAUGACCUUCUGGAUGAAAUGGAGCAGGCUAUGGAGGAUGAGGCUGACCUGAAAGAAGGGGAAAUAGACCCAUCUAAACCUUAUUCACCCGGGAGCUCCCCACCAACCUCUGUCAUGUCUAGCAUUGCUGCCUUGGAGAACCAGAUGAAGAUGAUUGACUCCACCGUCAAUAUGACCCGUUCAUUUGGUCAGAAGCCCACACAGAAUGGCAGCAGCUUUGGAGGGGAGGGUGAUUUCUUUGCCAAUGAUUCUUUGUCUGCAGUAGGGGACAACGAAGGUCAGAGCUUAGGAAGUCCAGCCCUGUCUGAGUCCUCUGGCUCCAUGCAGCAUUUAUCCCCAACUCACAGCCACUCCGAAAGCCACCGCUCCAAGUCCCCUGCCACACUCAACAACAACAACAGCAGCAGCAGUGCCACGGCAGCCGAGGAAGGGCAGGAGAACAAUACAGCCGGCCUGGCAACAGUGAAGUCAGAGAAAUCAGAGACCCCAUCCCCACUUUCUGCAUCUGAAGGCACCGGGGCCCUUGACCUGACAGCCACUCAGCCUGGCAGGCACUUCAUCAAGGAGGAGAGCCACUUCAACAUGCUGUUUCUAAACAGAGACAGAGGCCUGAGCGCACCCAGUUUGGCCAGCACUGCAUCAAACAUGAUCAAAAUGGAAAUGAAUGGACACGGCAAAUCAAUGUCCCUGAGCGACAACUCUCACCUACCUGUGGGCAUCCAGGUUCCUGCCACAGCACCCCAGACCACCAUGAGCCCUAGCAUCACCCCCAUGCUGGCACCCCCGCCCCCUCGCCGCACUCCGAAGCAGCACAACUGCCAGUCCUGUGGGAAGAACUUCUCCUCAGCCAGUGCCCUGCAGAUACAUGAGCGUACACACACUGGGGAGAAACCUUUCGGCUGUUCUAUUUGUGGAAGGGCUUUCACCACUAAGGGCAAUCUGAAGGUUCACAUGGGUACGCACAUGUGGAACAACGCUCCAGCCCGUAGGGGUCGGCGUCUGUCCGUGGAGAACCCCAUGGCCCUGCUGGGCGGGGAUGCCAUGAAGUUCAGCGAGAUGUUCCAGAAGGAUCUGGCGGCUCGGGCCAUGAACGUCGACCCGGGCUUCUGGAACCAGUACGCGGCUGCCAUCACUAAUGGCCUGGCCAUGAAGAACAAUGAGAUCUCUGUUAUCCAGAACGGAGGCAUCACCCAGCUGCCUGUCAGCCUUGGUGGGGCAGGAAUCACCUCAUUGGGAGCCAUGCCCGGAGGCAUGGACCGGAUGCACACCGGCAGCAGCCCUCCCAUGACGGGCAUGGAGAAAGCUGGUCUGGAGGUCGGGUCCAGCCGCCCCUUCUCCAGGUUCAUGGAGGAGAACAAAGAGAUUGGGAUCAAUUAAAGACUUUUCUGUGUUAUUCCAAGGUAGGCUUUGGCAAAGACUAAGAGUCUUAUGACAAGGAAAGAAACUGCUGAUCCAGUUUGAACUCAUACGUACUAUAUUAUGUACAGCUGAAGUAUUUUUUGUUUGGUUUUGGAAAUAUAGUAUUUAGUAUUGAUUAGAGGUCUUUGCCUUUCACCCAUUCCCACCUCACUUGAUAUUUCGCUUAUACGAAGAAUACUUUGUCUCUUGUUUGAGAAUAUGUCGUCUUGCAAGAUUUGCAUGGUACUUAUUGGUUUUUAUCAGUAUGUUUGACUGCUUUUAUGAAUUCCUUUGAAAACCAGGAUCCUGUCUCAUUUAGGAUGGGCAAGCAUCUUAUUUGGACAGGACUAAAACAGAGAAGAACAGAGGGUUUGUUGAAAGACAGUCUAGCCUCGUAUGGCAACCUUGUUUAUGAUUGCUCUUUUGAAUAUGAAAGGGCCAUGGAUAGGCUGAAGAAAAGACUGAAGUAUAGUGUUUCUGUGCUCGCCUGAUAUUUUUUCUCAUGAACUAGAAAACUUGAAAAAAAUAAUGUUUGAAAUAUUUUAAUCUUUACAUUUAGUCUCCCAGCAUUGUCUUAUAAUAUUGUCCUGUGUCUUUAGUAUUUAUGAUAAUGACAAAAAAAGCGGGUAUACGAAAAUAUAUUUAAUGGCCCAAGCAUUUUAUUGAUCCGUUUUUUUCUAAACUGCAGGCUUCACUGAUGAAUAUCUCUUUCAAUAAAGACAACAUGUCAUUUGAUUUGAACAACAGAGAAAAAUGGUGAAGUUUUGUUUGGAUAUCUAUGUGUAACGCGGUACAUGGUAAAGAGGCUAGAGAUAUCCGAAGCUGCUAUGACCACAACCCUGCUUUUAACCUUUGUAAAAAAGAAAAAAAAAAAGUUAUCCUUUCGAAGAAAUAUCUAUGUAUAGAAAUACAGACAAAUCUAAAACAGGUAUGCAUAUUUUGUAUCACAUAAAAAUAGACAUCAUGAGUUGAGAGUAUUUGUCAUGUUUGUGAAUGCACUUUUUAAAACAAGACGUUUUGUCUGUGAGUUACCGUUAACCUUUUGACUGAGCUAUCUAUCACGUGCUGUUUUAAUUGUUUCCAGCGUACCACUCCUACAAUUUGCAGAGUCGGUUCUCUGUUACUGCAUCUGUGCUACUCAUCAAGAGUGCAAACUCAUCACUCAAUCAAAACCUUCUUAAAUAAAAAAAAA